AUGUCGGACGAAUACAUGAUCAAGCCCGAGAACGUUGCGCCCACUACGGACGCCAGCGAGUGGCCUCUGCUGCUGAAAAACUACGACAAACUUUUGGUGAGAAGUGGACAUUACACUCCUAUUCCUCACGGAUCUUCGCCUCACAAGAGAGACUUGAAGUCGUACAUCAGUUCUGGUGUAAUCAACCUGGACAAGCCAUCAAACCCAUCGUCGCACGAAGUUGUUGCGUGGGUCAAGCGUAUUCUACGUAGUGAAAAGACUGGCCAUUCCGGUACUUUGGAUCCAAAGGUUACCGGGUGUUUGAUCGUGUGUGUGGACAGAGCCACGAGAUUGGUGAAAUCGCAACAAGGUGCAGGUAAAGAGUACGUGUGUAUCGUCAGACUGCACGAUGCGUUGAAGGACGACAAAGAGUUGGCCAGAGGCCUUGAAAACCUCACGGGUGCGCUUUUCCAACGACCACCAUUGAUCUCUGCUGUCAAGCGUCAGCUCCGUGUGCGUACCAUCUACGAUUCCAACCUAAUCGAGUUCGACUCCAGUAGGAACCUAGGUGUAUUCUGGGCCUCUUGCGAAGCCGGUACGUACAUGCGUACACUUUGUGUGCAUUUGGGUAUGUUGCUCGGUGUAGGAGGCCACAUGCAAGAACUUCGUCGUGUCAGAUCUGGUGCCAUGUCCGAAAAUGACGACCUAGUCACAUUGCAUGACGUUAUGGAUGCCCAAUGGGUGUACGACAACACUAGAGACGAAAGCUACUUGAGAAGAAUUAUCAAACCUUUGGAAACUUUGCUAGUGGGUUAUAAGAGAAUCGUGGUCAAGGACUCUGCUGUCAACGCCGUCUGCUACGGUGCCAAGCUUAUGAUCCCAGGUCUUCUUCGUUACGAAGAGGGUAUCGAGCUAUACGAUGAAGUCGUUUUGAUGACCACGAAAGGUGAGGCCAUUGCAAUUGCCAUUGCACAAAUGUCCACUGUCGACUUGGCCACUUGCGACCACGGCGUUGUUGCUAAGGUAAAGCGUUGCAUUAUGGAAAGAGACUUGUACCCCAGAAGAUGGGGUCUAGGACCAGUCGCUCAGAAGAAGAAGCAGAUGAAGGCCGAUGGUAAACUUGACAAAUACGGUAGAGCCAACGAGCAAACCCCAGAAGAUUGGAAGAAGUCCUACGUGUCUCUUGAGGCCGAACAGACCGCUGCUGUCCCAGCCACAUCCAAGACACCUGAGGUCCCUGUUGAGGAAGUCAAGGAAGUCAAGACUGAAGUUGUGGUAGAAGAAACCAAGAGUGACGACGAGGUCUCUGAGAAAAAGGAGAAGAAGGAAAAGAAGGAAAAGAAGGACAAGAAGGACAAGAAGGAAAAGAAGGAAAAGAAAGAAAAGAAGAGAAAGGCUGAAGACGAGGAAACUUCUGAGAAGAAAAAGAAGAAGUCCAAGAAAUAA